AUUAAUGAAUUAUUUAGAAAUUCAAUAGGAGAAUAUUAGAAUGCAUUAAAUGAGGCUUAAGCAAUAAUAAGGUAAAAAAAGGAGCAAUUCGAAUUCAUUAUAAUAAUCAAAGAAUGAGGAAGAAUUUAAAGAAGAACUUAAAAUGAUUCAAUAAGAGAUAGAGGAAUAAUAAUAUUAAUAAUAAUAAUAAUAAUAAUAAUAAUAAUAAUAAUAAUAAUAAUAAUAAUAAUAAUAAUAAUAAUAAUAAUAAUAGAUAUAGUAAUAGUAUUAAUAAUAAAUAGAGUAAUAAUAAUAAUAUUAGUAAUAAUAAAUUGUCUCAAAAAAUGAAUAGGAGGAAGAAAUACCAUAAUAAUAUUAUUAAUAUGCAGAAUAGAAUAUUAAACCAAAUAAAACAAUAAGCUUUAUUGAUUAAUAGAAUUUAGAAUUAGACUAAAUAAAACAUUAGAUGAUAGAAUAAUAAUAGUAAUUAGAAAGACAAAUUCAUGCGGCAAAAAGUUUGGCUUAAAUAGGAUUAUUAGAAGGGAAGAAUAGAAUAGAAAAAGAAUUCAUAAUUUAAACAGGUAGAUAUAAUAAAUACUUUAAUGAAGAUUAUUCAUUAGGAUUGUUAAAUAAAAAUUAAAGUAAAUAUUAAUAUGAAUUACCCUUUCUGUUUAAUUAAAAAAUUUAGCAUGAUUAUUUAUAUACAGAUAAUCUUUUAGACAAAGUUCAUAUAAAUGGUAAAUCUCCAUUGAUUCCAAUAUCUACUCAGCUUAACAAAAAAAAUGCAUCAACAGAUUAAUAACAAAAUUAAGCUAGGUCGAAAUCUAUUUCUCAAAAUUCCAAAUAACAUUUUCAUACUUAAAUAUUAGAUUCACAAAAUCUAAAAUAAAAUGAUGCUUUGAGUAAAUUGCUUUUAGAGUAUCAUGAAUGA